AUGGUCGCCAUGCAGUUAUACGUCGUCUUUAUUUUACUGAGCUCUCUGUGCCAGCGGCUGCAAGGCAUCGAGUUGGAAGAGUUGCCAGAUAAAGAUAUGCAUACUGGUUUGCUGCUGCAGCUAUUGAAGCGCAUACGCCUGGAACGGGACUAUGAUACCAUCGUCAUUUAUGGGCGUGAGCCGUGUGUGUUUCAUGCACUCCUGCCACAGCUGGAGCUGCCCACGGUGCUGCUCACACAAGGCAGCAGCUGGGAGGAUUGGAGCUUCAGCAGCGAGUCGCUGCUUCUCAUCUGUACCUCUGAUGCGGAGCAGGAACGUAACACAAGAACUUUGCUUAAGCUGCAGCCAGCCCGUCGCUUGGUCUAUCUGGAGUUAGAGAAGCAGCCAAAGGAAGUUUGCCAGGCUUACUUUGAGCGGGAGCAGGUCAAUGUGGCCAUGGUGGAUUCAGUGGGCAAUCUGUAUAGCUGUCGUUGCUUUGAGCAGGAAAACUAUGUGCAGCUGGCUGUCAACUUGAGCUCCAGCUACCCAAAAGAGUCCACCGCGCUAAUGAGCUUGAACUCCAACAUCGACGUAGCAUCCGAAUCCAACUCCAAUUACGCCUUCAUUUAUGUAGAGCAGUUUAGUAAUAUGCGCGGAUCUCUUAUUAGAAGCGAGCCUGAUCUACUGGGUCCACGUGCCUUUCUCUAUCAUAAUCCCAGCACAGGAAAGUACGAGAUAAAAGGAUUUGUUGCUAAUCUGAUCACAAUGUUUGCGGAGCACGUCAAUGCAACGGUAAAGCUACGCGAUGACAUUGGCCUAGGCCAGAGCAUCCACUACAAAAACAUCGUUCAACGGGUGAAGCUCAAUAUGCUGGAUAUCGCUGCCACGCUGUCCAGCACUCUGGACUUUAAGAACUACGACCAUCUCUCAUAUCCGUACAUCCACAGCUCGUUUUGCUUUAUGAUUCCAGUGCCAGCUCGCUUGGACUACAAGGAAAUCUAUACAAUUAUUGUGCAUCCUCUGGUAACAGGCGUGCUAAUCGUCUUAUUCUUCAUCUUCUCGCUGCUGCUUAUCUACAGCCAAGAUCUCAAUUGGCGCAGGUUCAGUCUCAUCAACUUGCUGCUCAACGACCGCUGUAUACGCGGCCUUCUAGGCCAUGCCUUUCCGAUGCCUGCCCAGCCGAGUCGCUAUCUAAAGGGCAUUUGUAUGCUGAUCUGCUUCGCUAGUAUUAUGACCACUACCAUGUACGAGUCCUAUUUGCAGUCGUAUUUCACGCACCCUCCAUAUGAACCGAUGCUGCGUAGCUUCGAGGACAUUCUCAACUCUCGCCACAGAAUUGCAGUGGAGCGCGAAGAGGCGAAACAUUGGCUGCUCAAGAACUUGAGUCUGACCACAAGCAACGCACACCGCGUCCACAUCGUGGACAAUUGGCAGGAGUUAAUAAGGUUGCGCGAGAGUUUCAAUAUCAGCUUUAUUUAUCCAACCACGGAACUGCGUUGGUUCUCCUUCAAUGAGCAGCAAAAGUAUUUCAGUGAGCCCGUUUUCUAUUACUCCGAGGAUGUCUGCAUGAAGCGGUUCCUGCUGCUAUCCCUGCCCCUCCGCCGCCAUCUGCCCUAUCGGCAGCUCUUCGAGAAGCACAUUCUGACAAUGCAAGAGUUUGGCUUCGCGAAGUUCUGGAUGGACAACAGCUUCAAUGAUAUGGUUCGCUUAAAAUUGACUUCACUGAAAGAUUACAGCCAUCCGCUGAUGCCGGAGGACCAAGUUUACAUCAAAGAUCUAACUCGCAUUUUUGUAUUCUACUUAGCGGCUCAUCUAUUUGCCUGUAUUUGUUUCGCCAUCGAGUGUUGCUGGGCAAAGAUUUUCGGUCUUAAAUAA